AUGCCCAUCACGGAACUGUCAUGCUUCGUAUGUGGUGCCUCCAUUGAACAUUCCGACUAUCGACCAGGAUGGAUGGCUCGGUUCAGGGCGCUAUACACAGUUCUUGAAAACUGGGAUGCCGCGCGUGUCUCUGGAGUUGGGGAACGGCAUCAAUUCGAAGAUGUUAUUCCCCUUGACCAGUCAGUUGAUGUCGAUGUAUCCGAGUCCACCAUGGACGACGGAUCGGUGCAGAUCCAUCUUAUGAAGUCGGAAUUUGGCGAGAAAUACCCUCCAGACCCGCCAUUGAUACCUAAACCACUCUGGGGAUUUCCACUUCAUGACCCAUGCUGGGACCUUUUAUGCUCAACUGAUGCCCGGUUCCAAGAGCCACGCACUGUUCAGGCUCUUUUUGAUCUUUGCAUGUCGCAUCCAACGCAGAAUGGUGUGCUGAACUGGGGACACAACUAUGGCGGCCUUGUUGGGUACGAUGUGGAUGUCGAAAAGCUGCUUCCCGGGGAGGAGGUGAAACUACGGGGACCGGAUCGAGUAGAGAGGUCCCACCAAUCUAACCCGAUGGAUCUUCCCAUGUGUAUUACAGGCUCAUGCGACUGGCUGUAUAUUCAGGCGAAAGGCGGCUCGUUUAGACGUUACAAUGCCGACAAAGACCCCAAGUUCUGUAACCCGAUCGAGGGUGACCCAUUCGGCCGCUUGGCGCCCGAGCUCCUCCUCGAUAUCCUUUUCCGUCUAGACUCGAGAAGCGUUGCGAAUCUUCGGCUUGCUUCCAGAGCCAUGGUCAACCUUGGGCUCCCAGAGAUGUUUUGGUUUUCAAGGUUCUGGCCCGGCCGGGAAUGCGAGCACAUUUUCGCAAAGCCUGCUUUUCGAGAUGCAGGCUCCCUAUGGAUAAACAUUUACGACCGAGUUCAGUUGUUAUGGAACUACCCAUCGGUCAAGAAUAGGCGGCGUAUCUGGAAUCUGGCCUGUCAGCUCAGAGACUGGGUUAUGUUGAGACUUGAGUCGCCUGUUUGCCAUGGAUCUCUCUGCAAGUCCUUUUUCCAUCCCGACGGGGCAAACGAGGAUAAAGAAUGGCACACGGCAGAAUCCCGGGUUUCUCCAGGCACGUCCAUCUUCUCUGUAGGUUGUCGGUCGCUGAGUGAUGCAACAGUCACCAUCUCGGGUCAAAUAUCCAAGGUCUGGGCGUCAUUGAUAAUGCUCAACGGGAAGAGAUAUGUUUCUGGCCUCCGAAUUUCCCAACCAGACGCGAAAUCCGUUCAGCUUGGAUAUCGUCACCCCGAGCACGAGGUCGCCUUUACUUGGGAUUCGCCUUUGGAGCCGUCUGACCCCUUUGUGGGGUUUCAUGUGGCAAUAGACAAUCAAGGUAUCCGUGGACUUCGCAUGAUAUCAACCCAGGGAGUCUCAUCACGCUGGAAUGGAGAUCACGAGGGUGUCCCGAAAAAGUCUAUUACGUGCAAUGGCCAAGUGCAGGCUGUCAAAGGAGGGUUUGAUGCUCUGAAAAUGGUAUCGAUAGCUGUGCACAGCCUUCAGAAGGGCAUGGAGCAGAGAAAGACUGUGUCGGGGGAGUCUGCCCUCUGGUACCCUGAGCUCCCAGACCCUACAUUGCAGCUCAUGCCCGUACAAAGCCAGCGCCUUCCCCGCCUGAUGGGUCAUAUGCCCUAUUCGAUGUGUCUAUUUGGGGGGAACGACGGCAGGCUUCUUCCAUAUCUCACAGAAAUCGCCGUCUGGAUUGUCGACCGUUCUGAUCUCGGUAUACACGCCGACAACUUUCACAUCUGGGCCCUCGAGUUUCACUACAGCAGCCAGGAAGAAGGCCUCAAAUCCUUGAUUGUUGGCCAGGUCCCAGAAGCAGAUCCAGUAACAGGCACCUAUAAGCGUCAUCGCUACCAAGUUUUCAUCGACUCUCCCAAUGGGGAGAGAAUAAAUGGCGUCGACACCUUGUUUCAGGACCCUUUCUUUCCAUUCGGCUUGACUUUCCAUACAAAUUAUGGAAGAAGCAUGCAGAUCCCACCGAACUUUGGCUCGGUUAUAUCAGAGGACGACAUUUCCACCAAUAGGUUACGACCAACGCAGGGAACGAUUGUUGGGCUCUUUGGGGUACUCAAACAUGACGUUGUUUUCCAGCACUUGGGUGUGGCGUGCAUUCCGUCGUGA